GAGGAAACGGAGACGAAACCCUAAUUUCCCCAAAUUCAUUACUCUUUAAGAUAUCAUGAAGCGUAUUAUCAGAAUCUCAUUCACCGACGCAGAAGCCACCGAUUCUUCUAGCGACGAAGACACAGAGGAACGUGUAGGAGCUUCCCAGACUCGCCGCCGUGGAAAACGCCUCGUUAAAGAGAUCGUAAUCGAUCCUUCCGAUAAACUCGAUGUCUGCAAGACACGGUUCAAAAUCAGGAUUCCGGCGGAAUUUCUCAAGACGGCGACGGAGAAUGUGAGGAAGAAGAAAUUCCGUGGAGUGAGGCAGAGACCGUGGGGGAAGUGGGUGGCGGAGAUUAGAUGUGGCGGAGGAGCUUGUAAGGGACGACGUGGUCGUCUUUGGCUGGGAACUUUUAACACCGCCGAGGAAGCAGCUCUUGCUUAUGAUAACGCCGCGAUUCAGCUGAUUGGACCUCACGCGCCGACCAAUUUUGGUUUUCCGGCGGAGAAUCAAGAGGAUAAGUCGGUUGUUGGAGCUUCUGACGUUGCUAGAGGCGCGUGAUUUAGUUGUUAGCAAGAAGGUCUCUGUCUCUUGUAUCGUCUUUGUAAAUUCAUCUUCUGAUGUUGUUGUUGUUUAUGAUCUUGAUGUCCUUCGUCUCUGUAUAUAUUUUGGCACUAUGGACGAAAAUUAACUCUUUCUAGAAUU